UGCAAAACGACAACAACAUCCAAAGAUUAUCUUCAAGAAACUUGCAAACUUGCAAAUCAACAAAUUCAUCACUAAUUCAUCAAAAUGGUUAAAGCAGGUACGUUUUAUAUCUAACAUCUCAAUCUCUGCCGUUACCCCGCAUAUUUAACGCUGUAACCAAUGGCGGGGUCAACUAGAGAGCUUUUGAGCACAUUUUCAUUGACAAUGGGAUAACCCUGAUGGGCACACUAUCUCCAAUCAAGCAUCUAAUCUACAAUACUACAAUAUUACAUUAUUUUAGAUUGGAUUCCUCUCCAUCAAAAUGAAUGUCAUGUGCUAAUCUUACUCUUUCCUCUUUUUUAGUUGCUACCGUCCGAGGUGACUCCAAGGUCUCCGGUACCGUCACUUUCGAGCAAGCCGACGAGUCUUCCCCAACCAUCAUCACAUGGAACAUCUCUGGAAACGACCCAAAUGCUGAGCGUGGCAUGCACGUUCAUCAAUUCGGUGAUAACACUAACGGUUGCACAUCUGCCGGUCCCCAUUGUACGAUCCCCAAGUCCUGGACAGAAAUAAAUAUAGUGCAUCAUGAGGCUGAUUCAAUUCUUUAGUCAACCCACACGGCCAAACCCAUGGUGCUCCUACCGAUGAGGUCCGCCAUGUAGGUGAUCUCGGAAACUUCAAGACUGAUGCCCAAGGAAAUGGCACUGGCUCUGUUGAAGAUAGUCAGAUUAAGUUGAUUGGCCCAUUGAGUGUUAUUGGAGUAGGUAUUUCCAUCAAAACAUUAUAUGCAAAUACUGACAACCAUCAUAGCGUACCGUUGUCGUCCACUCCGGAACUGAUGACCUCGGCAGAGGAGACACUGAAGAGUCCAAGAAGACCGGUAACGCCGGAACCAGACCAGCUUGCGGUAUGCUAUUUCUUAUUGCAGAUACAUGUAUUGACACGUCACUAAUGCUUUUCUAUAGGUGUUAUUGGUAUUGCUGCAUAAACGGUUUAGUACACACAAUGGUAUGAAACGAAAUGAAAUGAUAUGAUGAAAAUGGGAAAAGGGGUAUUGGUAGUAGUUUAGCUUAGUUACCUCUGCUGUGUUUAGGGUUAGCAAAAGAGCAGCCGUUAAACUCCAUUACUUUUGUCCAAGUCAACACUAUGCUUGACCUUUACCAUUGUUUGAAGUGGGUUGAAGGCUAUAUAGAGCUGAAUCACGAAUACCCAUAGCUAUAACUAUAGCAUUU